GCAGCAGGGCAGAGGUGAAUGGUGUGCCACGGGGCUUCCUGAUUGGUCAGUACGGCGCCUUGGGGCGGGCUUCCGGCGCGCGGAGGAGGCGUGGAGAAUCCCGGCAGAAGCCGUUCGAGAAGCCUUAUCCCCGGCCCGACAUGGCGUGCGGCUUCCGUAGGUCCAUCGCGGGUCAGCUAUCCAGAGUGUUGGAUCUUCCACCAGAAAACCUGAUCAAGUCAAUUUCUGCAGUUCCAGUUUCCAGAAAAGAAGAAGUAGCUGACUUUCAACUUUCUGUGGAUUCUUUGUUGGAAAACACUAAUAACCACUCAAGAUCAGAUAUUCAAGUUCAGGCCAAGAGACUGGCAGAAAAGCUAAAGUGUGACACAGUGGUGAGUGAAAUCGGCACUGGUCCGGGGACUAUACAUUUUAAAAUCAAUAGAGAGUUGUUAACAAAGACAGUACUACAACAAGUAAUUCAAGAUGGUUCCAAAUAUGGAUUGAAAAGUGAACUUUUCUCUGGUCUUCCCCAGAAGAAGAUCGUGGUCGAAUUCAGUUCACCUAAUGUUGCCAAAAAGUUUCACGUUGGACAUUUGCGUUCUACUAUUAUAGGCAAUUUUAUAGCAAAUAUCAAAGAAGCUUUAGGACAUCAAGUAACCAGAAUAAAUUACCUUGGAGAUUGGGGCAUGCAGUUUGGUCUUCUGGGAACUGGAUUCCAACUGUUUGGCUAUGAAGAAAAACUCCAGUCCAAUCCUUUACAGCAUCUCUUUGAAGUUUAUGUACAAGUUAAUAAGGAAGCAGCAGAUAAUCAAAGUGUAGCAAAAUCAGCGCAGGAAUUCUUCCAGAGGUUGGAGCUGGGUGACACGCAAGCACUUUCGCUGUGGCAGAGAUUCCGAGACUUGAGCAUUGAAGAGUACAUUAGAAUUUACAAGCGUCUAGGUGUCUACUUCGAUGAAUAUUCAGGAGAAUCAUUUUAUCGUGAAAAAUCUCGGGAAGUCUUAAAGUUGCUGGACAGUAAAGGACUGCUACAGAAAACAGAAAAAGGAACUGCUGUAGUGGAUCUCAGCAGGAAUGGUGACCCCUCCUCACUUUGCACUGUCAUGCGAAGUGAUGGGACAUCUCUGUAUGCAACCAGAGAUCUUGCAGCUGCUAUUGAUAGAAUGGACAAGUAUAAUUUUGAUACAAUGAUUUAUGUGACAGAUAAAGGACAAAGAAAACAUUUUCAGCAGCUGUUUCAAAUGCUGAAGAUCAUGGGAUAUGACUGGGCAGAAAGGUGCCAGCAUGUGCCCUUUGGAGUUGUGCAGGGAAUGAAGACUCGAAGAGGAGAUGUCACUUUUCUAGAAGAUGUCUUAAAUGAGAUUCGCUUACGGAUGCUACAGAACAUGGCUUCUGUUAAGACAACCAGAGACCUCGAGAACCCACAGGACACUGCCGAGAAGGUGGGGCUAGCAGCACUCAUUAUUCAGGACUUCAGAGGUUUGCUUUUAUCUGACUACCAGUUCAGCUGGGAUCGUGUUUUCCAGAGUCGUGGAGACACUGGAGUCUUUCUACAGUACACACACGCACGCCUGCACAGUUUGGAAGAGACCUUUGGAUGUGGUUAUCUGAAUGAGUUCAACACUGCUUGUUUGCAAGAGCCCCAGUCGAUCUCAGUUCUCCAGCAUCUUCUCAGGUUUGACGAGGUGUUAUAUAGAGCAUCUCAGGACCUUCAACCCAGACACAUUGUCAAUUACCUUCUGACGCUAAGUCAUCUUGCAGCUGUGGCCCACAAAACACUGCACAUAAAAGAUAAUCCUCCUGACGUGGCAGCGGUCAGACUUCAGCUCUUCAAAGCUGUGCGUUCUGUUUUAGCCAGUGGAAUGCGGCUGCUGGGAAUCACACCUGUAUGUAGGAUGUAAUUUCUCCCUAAAAUGGCUCUUAAUGCUGUCAGUUCUACUUAUUCAUUCUUAGAUGCCUUUGCUGUUCAAAAUCGAAUUUUAAAGUAUUAUUUUUGUCAAAAUAUUUAUUUUAUUAUAUGUGACUUAUUAGCUUGAAUACCCAAUCUUUAUCCUCUAGAAAACUUCUUGUGAGUUCCCUCAUGGUCAAUAUGUACUUAAGUGAACAUUUGCAAAACAUUUUAAGACAGUGGUCUAAUGGGGAGGGAGGUAUUUAAUAGGGUCAAGGAUUAAACUCUGGCUAGUUUCUAGAAGGAAAUCAUCUUUCCAUAAUACUCUUAAAUGAAUAUGAUUUAAUGUUUUCAUCAAAUAAAAUAAUUGUUGAUGGGAAAAA